UUAGUCAGUUGAUAUUUCAGUAGAUUAUUGUGGUAAAAUUUUGUUUGGACAACUUUUAUAUAUGUCGUUAUAAAUUUAAUUUCACUUUUGUAAUUGGGGUUUCCCGUCAAAAGUUACUUUUAGUGCGAUUGAAUUGUAUGUAAUAUCCGACAAAUUCAGCUUUUAGAAGAUCAAACGUUAGAGACAAAAUAGAGAAUAUUGGCACCGGCUUCAAUCCUUUACAACGGUGGAUAGUUAGAUUGUUCUGAUCUCGGUGUAAACAGUGUUUUACCUCGUACAAAUCAGGAAGGAUGGAAUAUAAAGGUAGACCUGAAUUUAACGAAUCCUGGGGCAACAUGACACGGAAAAUCCACCUACAGAAUCUGGCUAAGCCGAGCUCACGACGGCUUAGGCCUUUCCCGGAUCCCUUGUACUACCAACCCGUGCCGCCGGUUAUCACAAAGGAAUCCAUGGUCUAUAAACCGACUAAAAGGAUAGAAAUGCUAAGCACGCCGGUCGAAUCAAAGAAGGUCAACAAAUAUGAACCUGAGCCUGAAGAGCCGAUAGUAGAACCUGCAGCUUUGCUUUUCACCCCGACGGAAAGGCUGGCCGCCCUAGCUAAACCGAAGCAAAUCCCGAAAGAAAAGAGGAAGAAGAAAAGGAAAGACCAGAUAAAAAAGGAGAAGGAGAGGCUUAAGAGUUCUUUGAUGCACAGAGGAGAAUGGCUUUCGAAAAACGCCGCACCCCGAAAGUACCCUCGUGAGGUUCACAAGCAUCCUACCCGUCCACGCUACGUAUUCAUCGGAACUAGAAAAAUUAAAAUCUCGGAAAAAAAGACGAUACCGAAAUAUACCGUGAGACAUCCGCAUCAUUCGGUGAAAGUGAGCAAAGAAGAAAUAAUGAGGCACAUGGCUAUUCUCGCGAUUCCGUCUAGGCGGAGGGAAAAAUAUGUAGACAUUAUCGCAAAGCAGGCCCAAGAAGAACCGAAAGUGAUUCCGAAAGCGUCCGGGAGGAUAAUCGAACUGGCACAACCGAGGCAGCUUGCGCCUGAUGCUCUUCUCGAUCUCAAGUACAAGCCUUACAAGGUCUCUAAGGGGGCGUUGAAAUACCAAGCUACUGAAAGGAUAAACGUUUUGGCAACUCCGAUAACAAAGACGAAGAAGAUCGAUACAGACGUGAAAGAGGAUCCGUUUGGUGUGUCUAAGGCAGCUCUGAAGGCAGUCUGCUCGAAAAGAAUUCAAGAGCUCGCCAAACCGGUUAUCAAGGAAUAGCUCAUUGUGAAUUUGUAUUAUUUGACGAUUCUUGCUAACUGAUAAUAAAUAUCUAAAUUCACAAAAGGCC